GGAUGGGAAAAAACGGUUGACUGGCAUGCAGGAUUUAUUUGUCCAGGCGGGGGAUGUCAUGAUCGAAUUGCAGAAAGCGCUGAUUCGAGCCGAGGGGAUGGUUAUCCGCUACCAGACGUCUGCCCAGUUGCCUCUGUUCCUGAGGGCGGAAGAGCUGGUGCAGGAAGAGAAAGAGGUCAGGCAGCAGAUGAAGAGUUGUGUGGAUGUGCUGGUGGGAAUGUACGGGAACAGAGCGAAAGACCCGGCGGUCUUGAUGGAGAUGCGGACGCUGAGCGAGCAGUUGACGCGUGCGAUGUCGACGACGAAUAUUGCGAUGGAGACUUUGGACCUGUCCCACGAGGUUGCUGCUGUAUUGAGAACAUGGGAUGGAGGGAGCGGCGGUUGCCCUGGUGCCUCUGGAGGCGGAGCGAAGAGGCGGCCCUCUUGUGAUGGACUGAUGGGGGGAUCGGAAGGCGUGGCAGCUGUCAUGGUCAGGAUGGAGCUUCUCGUCAGGGUUGGCGACCAUCUGGGCAUGACGAUUGAGGAAAUGAUGGAGGAGCAAGACAUCUUGCUCCGAGAAAGAGAAGAACUGCUCAGAAUGGCGUGCAAUCAGACCCCGCAGCAGCAUCUGCGGCGGUGUUCUCCGGACAACGCCAACUGCACGUGCCCGCAAACAGGCAACUCAACGUGCGAGUUGCUGGAGAAGUUUGCGGAGCUGCUACAGGUUGUUGCGGCGACGCAAAAUCGGCAUGGCAGCGGGCCGUUGAUGCCAGGGGCGGGCACACUAGGGUCGUCAACUGCGUCCUGCUCUGCGGCCUCUUCUGGAGGAGCAGGAGCCCUGGCCGUAGCAGCGUCUACACAGAUGUCUGCAUCUGCUCUGGCGCCAGUGGUGAUGGGGCUGGGCCUGUCGUCCAGCUCUUCUGCUGUGUCGGGAGGAUCGGCCAGUCAGCAGACCGAUAUGAAAAGGCGGGAGCUGGAGGAGAGGGUCACCUGCCCUAUCUGUUUACGAGUUAUGGAGAACCCAGUGACUGUGCGAUCGGGGAUGUCGUACUGCCGGGAGUGUAUCAUCAAUUGGUUCCGGGAGGGUCGGCGGGAGUGCCCUGUUACGCGGCAGACUCUUUUCGGCCAGGAGCUGUAUCCGAACUUCUUCCUCAGAAGCCUCAUUGAGAGACUUAGGACUGGGAGAGGGCUGAUGACAAAUGGGGGGGGUGCGUUAAUGGGGAAGAAGAAGCUUGCCGCUGACCCUAUCUCUGGGCAACCACUGCAUCAAUUGCCAAGACAUCACCAGGGCCCCGUCAUUUUGCCGCCUCGGAGGCAACCAUCAGAUCCAAGCCCGAUACGGGGCCUGUUGCUUGGUGUCGAGGGUCUCUCUUCUCCGCCCGCCAAAGCUGGGGCGAAGGAUGUCAUAGUGGGUGGUGGUCGGAAACAGCCCGCGCGUCCGCCCCAUUUCCGUACGGCGUCCGCCCCUGUUCCUUACUCUCCUUUGGUCCCUCCCCUCUCAGGAUCAUCACCGCCUGUUGCAACCUCACAAUGGCCUUCGGCAGGUUCCUCUCCUUCUUCUGUGUCUGCAAUGUCAAGCGGAGGGGACUGCGGAUCCCGGCAAGGGGCAGUGAGUGGACCCUUGGUAAUCGGUAUCGCAGCAAGGGACCGCUACUCCGGGGAGCUGGUAAAUGCAGGAAGUGGGCCCGCUGCUGGCCUCUCCUCAGGCGGACCUCGGCAUAGUUCGGGACAUGUCCCUGUACAGCGGAGAGGUUCCAGUGCUGCCAGCGCUGUUGCCGUGCCCGUUAUUGGUUCUGGGGUGCAGCCAAAGGGUGUGGCCGGCCAUUCUCGUCACAAGAGCGUCAGAACGGAUAUGUACUGCUUGUCCCAGUGGGUUGAGGUGGCAAAGGCGCCGCCCGGAGCUGAAUGGCGAGUGGAAUCCGCUCGGGCCCUGCGAGAGCUCGCCUCUCACAAAGAUAACCACACACAGUUGGUGCACGAGGGAGCCGUCGAACCACUCCUGUCUUUCCUGAGCUCUGAUCUGAUGGCCUUGGCAACGGAUGAUGCGGAUACACAGACUGAAUGCGUUGAGCAUUGCGUCUCUGCGCUUGCGUUUCUUGCUGUCGACUAUGGGGCACAGGCGGAAAUCGAGCGUCUCGGGGGCGAGUCCGUUCUUGUGAGAGUGGCAUCGUCGGGUUUGUCGAUACUGUGCUGCGAACUGGCAGCAUCGGCUCUCUGGACUUUGUCAUCUUCGCCUGUGAUGUCGUCUUUGGCGGCGGACGCGGCAAUGGUAGAAGCGCUGGGAAAGCUGCGAUGGAAAGGCUGCACCGGUGCUGUUCAGGAGAGUGCAGCGCAUGCCCUUGUCAAUAUUGCCUCUCGCGGCUUUUCUGAGGGUAUCCUGAAGGGUAAGGGGCUUCCCUUCUUGAUGGAGUUGGCGGUAUCACCUCCUACCCCCGUGUGUGUGGAGACGGCAAUCGAUGCCAUCUCAAAGAUGUCCUCAUUGGAGGAUCACGCGAAGUCGCUCUGCGAUAUGGACGCGGUCGGGAUGCUGCUGCGGCUGUCACAGUCAGGAAGUCAGGUGGUUGUGGUGGAGAAGGCAGUGCAGACGCUGUGGAACGUAUCCUUCGUGACGAACGGAAAGCAGAGAAUUGCAGAGUACAGAGGUGGUUGGGGCUUGGGGUGGAUGGUGGAGAUUGCAGCCCGAAAUGACUGGUCCCCGAAGGCGUGUGAAGCGGCAGCAGGGGUUCUCUGGAACCUUGCGACUGUUAGUUGUGCAGUUAGAAAGGAAAUUCGCUCGAGGGGUGGGGUGGGUGUUCUUCUGGGAGUUGUGAGAGGUGGACGAGCAGAGGGCUGUAAGGACUCGGCCCUUGGGUGCUUGCUUAACCUCUCAUUGGAUGAGGGAGGCAGGGUGGAGAUAUUGGACUCAAAAGGUGUGGCAUUGCUCUGUGAAUGGUUGUUCCAAGGAAUGCACUCCCUCAAGUCCCGCACCAAGAGCAACAUAAUUCGAACUCUCGGUUACCUGGCAUUGCAUGAUGUGGCGUCCUUGAGGGUGUGGAUGGCAGGCGGGACGCAUCAAGUUGUGAGAGUGCUGAAGGAUAAGGGAGUCGAUAGAGAGUGUCACGAGGUGUCUGUGAUGACUCUUGUGACGUUGGUGAGGAACGACAAGAACAGAUCAGUGGUGAUGAAGGAAGGGGGGCUGCCUGUAGCAAUUGAACUAGGCAUGAAUGCGUUGGCAGCGGCAGAAGGGGACGGUGAGCUGCAGGCAGAGGGCAACGGUAUGCUCGCCACACAUGUGGCAGGACUGCUUGCGGCUGUGGCAAUGGCAAAGAAAAAGCGCUAUGUCCGCGCAAUGGUGAGGGCGAAUGCACUGCCUUUCUUGCUGCGAGUUAUCGGCUCAGAGACAGCGCAUUUAUCUGGAAUUGUGCAGGCGCUACACGCUCUCCGUCUUCUCCUCGAGACCGGGGGGCAGCAGGAGAACAGCUUGUACCGCAGCGUGCGAGAUGAGAAUGGCAUCAAUAUCAUCGCGGCCUCUGUGCACAAGUGCAGGAUUAUGGCGAAGGCAGGCAGCAAGGAUGAUGGUUGUGAUCAGAGCACUUGCAGGAAGGAUGCACUGGUGACAAUUACCUUGGGAGCGGAGGUGCUGUACAUGCUCGCAAAUGACGCGGAAUCGAGAAUCGCGAUUGGACGGGAACAGCAAUUACUGUCAUCUCUAGUGGAUUCAGCUAUGGGUCGUGGUCAUGCUGAUGGUAUCCCCCAGGGACAUGAGGGUUUGAACUCAGGUACUGUGGUUUGGAAGGCUAGAUUGUCCUCCAUUCGAUUGCUGGCCAAACUGGCGCAGGACAGCGAGGUUCAUGCACAAUCGAUUGCCCGAGCAGGGGGUGGAGUAGGGGCUAUGGCAAUUGCCGCUGAUGUGGCUGCUAUGCUGUUUUCAGGUAGUGGCCGGAAGGGUUCGUCGGCGUCUGCCAGAAGUGGUGCGGAAAGCAGCGUGGCGCUUGGCGAAGACAGGGAGGUCGACAUUUUUGCAGGGGCGGAGAAUGCUCUGAUGCUGGUUAAUGUUUUGUUAGCUGGCGGAAACCGGCUUGUAGAGGACCAGCUGGUCUCCGACUCUUGUCUAGAAACGCUCCGCCUUCUAUCGGGCGAUGGACCGGGACAUGCGGGAAGCAUCAAAGUUCGCAGCGCAGCGAAUGCAUGCAUCAGUAACCUGGCAAGGCGUGGAGCUCGCUUUGCUCAGGCAGUCCUUGCUGCAGGUCUGGUCCCGGCGCCACAACUGGAAGUCAACGGCACAACCAAGUCAGGACAAGGAUCGGACUGCGAUGGUGGGUGCAGAGUCCUGUGGAUGUGCGGAACAGUCAGCGAUACUGCUGAUCGGGUUUAGCGGGCCUGUCAAAGGCGAGCAUAGCGGUGGUUGAUCUUGUCGGUUCUCAUGGUCUACAGUCUACAGUGUUCUGUCUAAUGCCAGCUAGCUGCUAUACCGUCAGCCGCUGGUUUGAUAAAGUCCCAGCCACAGGUUUGAUAAAUUGUCCGUCACCCCACACAGAUCCAAUCGAUCGUCAUCUCCCGGGUUUGGGCGACUGCUGACUGCGACAUACAGCCUGUCUUUGGGAUGUCGACGGAUAAAGACUGAUGGUGACGUAAGGUGACUUCUGUGAGAUACAGUUUGACAGUGGGACAGCAAGAGACGGCGGCGCAAACGAUUGCGGAGAGUUUGACAGUGGGACAGCAAGAGACGACGCAAAUGAUCGCAAGAGGCAUAGUAAAGCAGUCGAUGUGAACGUCGACAUUGGUGUCUUGUACCCUUUUUCCUAUUCUUCAAACACUGGGGUACUUAGUACCCACCACCACCUGAUAUGUGUCUGGUCAGAGCGCUGGUUUGUCACGUCAGAAGUCGCGUGGGGUCCUAUCCCGUCUUUUCCGCGGAGGUACGGCGGAGUUGGUAGUAUCGACCUGUUGUGUGUCUUGUUAGAGUGCUGGUCUGUCACGCCAGAAGUCGCGGGCUUAAAUCCUGUUUUUCCCGCGAGCUAUGACUGAGUAGGUAGUACCCACCCACUCCGUUCUGCGUCGCUUUUCUCUGUUCUGGCAAAGAAAAGCAGUCCGAAGGUUACGGAGUCGUUGUAUUGAUCAUCGUGUUCAUCUCCAUUAGUUUCGCAAACUUGUUCGCAUGUGUCGGGUGGGAGUACCGUCCAAUCAAAUGUGCAAUUGAUUGUAGAAUCAGUCGAUGCGAACAUCGACUGUGGUUUUGUCAUAUUUUUAUGAAGAAGCGGAGCGAUGUCCGUAGAGUGUGCAACAGGCCUGAAUGUUUGUCAAAGAAAUAACAAUACACAGUUCUCGCAAUGGGUGGAUGGAGGGACGAGGGCCGUCCGAUUCUCCGGGUGUAUGUACACCUCUAUGUAUGGAAGGAAGGAUAGACUGCCUCGCAAAGACAAUCAUCUCCUUAGUGCUGGAUGAGUGCAUGGGUGCCGGAUAGAUAAACCGUCUCGUCUUCCUAUGGUGGGAGGAAAUGAGGGAUUGUCUUCCUAUGGUGGGAGGAAAUGAGGGAUUGGCGGGCAGGUUCGGUAUUAUGUAGGGUGGGAGGGAUGCGCAUGGAAUUCCUGGUUCGUUUAAGAGAGCGGUCUCAUGUCUGGCUGAGUAGUUGAUGCUCAGCAGUCUGUCGGCUGCAACAGUGCUGGAAAGUGGAUUGUCAUGCGUGUCUUGUACUCGUUUGCCACAUGGAAAGAAGCAUGUCUGCAUGCGUCCAUGUGUGUUUGCAUGCAUAUGUCUGUUUGCGCUCGUGUGUGUGUAUAGGUGUGUGUGCAGGCGUGUGUGUACGUGUGUAUGUUCUGUGUGAGUGUGUGUUUUUGUGUUCAUGUGUGUGUGUGUGUGUGUGUGUGUGUGUGUGUGUGUGUGUGUGUGUGUGUUUGUGUGUGUGGUUGUGCGUGCGUACGUGUAUCCGUGCGUGUGUGUUCUUGUGUUUGGGUGUUUGUGUGUACAUGCGGGUGCAUGUCGGUGUUUGCAUCUGCGUGUGUAUGCGCAUGUGCAUGUGGGUGUCUGGGGCGGCAUGCGUGUGUGUGUGUGUGUGUGUGUGUGGAGAUGUGUGUGUGUGUGUGUGUGGAGAUGUGUGUGUGUGUGUGUGUGAAGAAUUGCGGACAGCCGUUGAAGGUGUGGUGGGCAAUUAUAGCCAUUUUUACAUUGCUUGUUAGCCAUAGGCCAUGCCUUGUUGCAUACUGUACAUUUGUUAGGGGUUGGUGCGAUCCCUUCCCUUCUUUUGUCAUGCCCUUCAGGAGGAGGUUUUUAGUGAAUCCUUGUGACGAUUGUCUCAGAAUUUUAGGAAGGUAGUAGGGUUUAUUGAAAUUUACCAUUUU